AUUGUCCAACUGUUCGAGCUUGUCUUGGCCAAUGAAUAUCUGGAGCUCACAGAUCCAAAGUUGCUCGGAUGGUUCCUAUGUUUAACAGCAGAGGACAGGACCAUAAUUAAAAAAGAGAGAGAGCUUCUGCCAUUUCUAUGUAAACACCCUGCACUUCAAGUAGACAGACAGCAUGUUUGUGUGAAAUCAAAAACCAGAGGAAAUUGCAUUUCCGCUCCAUCAACCAUGUCAUCAAAGAAGUCAAGGUACCCAUCGUUUUAUGGUGCAUCCCAUUGUCAAAAUUGUGGGACUAGUUGUCCAUUUGGUUCCAAGAAGUGCAGAUGUUGUGGCUUUCACAUUGAGAUUUCAGAAGACAAAGUCUAUGUGUCGGAGAAGGAGAAACAACUUGAGAUGCUACCAAACAGUGUGAAAGAAGAGCUAAAUGUCUUAACUGCCAAAAAUGACAUCAGUUUAGGUUGCAUGCAGAGCACCCUUAAUACUCAGAAAACUAGAUGCACACAGAGCUAUGAUUAUGGAGGCCCUGCUGCGCAUCAUUCUUCAUACAGUGAAGGAAUGUGUCCCCAUGCCCAGUGCUUGUCUCAGCUGUGGGAGGAAGUAGAGAACAGGAAGGACACCAAACACUUUAAGGACACAGCAGCCCAGGCAAGCUUCUCCCUCGAUAUGGAGCUGGAUAUACAGAGUCAAGUUCAUAGGAAUGACUGUACCCAAAAUUACCAAGACCAAUCUUAUGUACAAAUGGAAGAAGCAGAUUUUCCAAAACUGGAUCAGGAAGCGAUGCCAGAAUACUACAGUUUCAGUAACACCAGCUUAGACCAUACCACGUGGAGCGAUGGCACCCAGAGUACGGAGGCAGGCUACAAUGAUUCAGUCAUGGCCACCAAAGGCAGUUCAGAAAUAUCAGAUGAACCAUCAAAUGCCACCAUGGCCACUGCUGCAAACUCUACUGAUUGUUUCUCUUGGCUUAGCAAUUCUUUCGAGCUGGAUAAUGAGUCAGGAGACUGUCAAGAAGACCUGAGAAAGAAGCAUGACUCAAUAUAUGAGCAACAGAUUGUGGAGAUCAAUGUGGGAACUCCACUGAAAUCCAAAUGUGGUGCUUCAGAUUUUGUGGACCAAAUAAUAGAUGCCUGUGGUGAUUUCAGAACUUGUUUCACAUCUACAUGUGCGACAGAGGUUGAUCAGAUUUUCCAAAUGAAAAAUGCUACCACUGACAUGGACUUGCUAGCUGUCAGCCAUGAAAAAGAUACACAGACUGUGCAAAUAACCACAUCUGAAAAGAACACCAUUACUGAAGUCUGCAUGUCUGAUUUAGAUGUCCUCGCUGAGGAAUUCAUAAAGCUAAAAGAGACAACAAGUGAGCUGAAACAACUGAAGAGCAGAAAGGCAAGGAGAGAUUGUGAGUGUGACUGUGUCCAACAGCUGAGAAGAGCAGAAAUGCGUCUUCUCGCUCUUCAGUUUGUCAUGUGUCAGCAGCACUGCUGGAGACACUACUUCACCUCCCCACUGGGUGAAAAUGCUCUUUGGGGGACUGAGGGCCUGCCAGAAAGCAUAGCAGAAACACUGAAAACACUACAGAAAGAUUACCAUGAGAUGAGGAAACAGAUUCUAGCAGGCACUCCUCUGGAUAACCUCAAGCCCCUGUCAGUAGACUCUGAAAAGAUAACUACAAGGGCAAACUACAGCCCAGCACUGGUGUUUGAGGCCCAUUUUGACUCGUUUGACCUUCCAGGAAGUGGCCACAGAGUGCAUGAAGAAAGUGAAGAGAUAAGAGCACCAAGCACUGAAGUUUGUCAGGACACUGAAGAUGCUCUGGAUGAAGCAAAAGGUGACAAGCGAGAUAAAGCUCUGGUCUUUUUACACAAGCAGCCGGGAGCUUCCGCUGAGAAGAACCCUGGUGUCAUCAAGGAUCCAAAUAGCAGCGAGGCUUGGUUUGAUGCAGAAGAGGAACUUGGGUCUCCAAAUCAGGAUGGAAAGAUGGAGAAACUGAAUGAAAGGAGGGAAAGUAUGGACUGCAAAUCUUUCACAGGGACUGAUGAAGAUGAAUCAAACCAAAGUACCCUCUUGUGCAUUACAGGCUUGCCGUGCAAUAUGACUGAGCGUGAAUUGCUGCUUUGGUUUGAGAAGUACAAUGCCACAAAUGUCUGCAUCUCCCCUUUCAGCAACAGUAUAAGGGCAGCUACUGUCUAUCUCAAGAGCCCCAGCGAUGCCAAGGCAGCAGUUAAAGAUCUAAAUGGGUGCUCCAUUCAAGGCCACACUGUCCAGGUGGUGCACCUCUGUGGGCCUGGCUCAGCUGAUCCUAACCUGAUCAGUGAUCAGUCCCUCAGCACCUCAGAAACCCAUAAAGCUGAAACUGCAGGGACUGGUGGACUGGGAACUAAGGGUGUAACCUACAGUUCAUCACAUGGAGGGCCACGCUGUAGUGUGGACAGGUUAACCAAUGUCUGCGACUCGCCCACAGCCUCUGGCACCUGUGUGCCGCAGCACUACGCCACCAUGGGAAGCUUUGACACAAUCAUGGCCCGGCUGUCGGCGUGCCACCCAAAUGUAGGCCGCCAGAGGAUCGUAGAUGCCCUGCUGGAACUGUGGGCCAAGCAUCAGGGAUUCCUCAGUGGGAUUCCUUUGAGAUCUAUAGUGGAUAUGACCUCUGAGCUUCUCACACAGGCCUCUACCCCGUCAUGUGUUUGAAUUUGUACUGUUUUAAGCAGCGGUAAAGGCCUUGUAAAUAGUUCCCUGACCAGUAUGACUGGAUUUCAGUUGUCAGUUCAGUUUUUGCAACUAACUUUUAUGUUA